UCACAAAUGGUUCGUUGGAGUACACGUUUUGCUGAUUCAGACCUCUCUUUGUGUGGUUGUGGUUUUUUGUGUAUUUAUCAUGCUGGUGUUUGUGCUGCCUUAAAAGAAUAUGCCCCUCAACUAACUCAAAAUCGAAUUUAUGGUGCUUCAGCUGGCUCAAUUGCGGCGGCUGGUUUGAUUUGUAAUGUUUCCAUUUCCGAUGCUACUUGUGCAAUUAUGAGAGUUGCACGCUCACGCGUACUGCAAUCAUUUGAUCCAGCAUUUGAUCUACUUGGAAUUGUUAGGGAAGUCUUAAACAAACUUCUCCCUGCAAAUUCUCAUGUAUUGUGUACUGACCGUCUUUUUAUAUCUCUAACGCGUUGUAUUGAUGGAAGAAAUGUUCUUGUUUCAAAAUUUGAAUCCAAAGCUGAUUUAAUUCAAGCAAUUAUUUGUAGCUGUUAUAUUCCAAUCUUUUGUGGACUUGUAGAGCCCGAAUUUCACGGAGUUAAAUAUAGAGAUGGAGGUUUUUCGGAUAAUCAGCCGGUCUAUGAUAGAAAUACAAUUACUAUUUCUCCUUUUUCUGGAGAGGCUGAUAUUUGCCCACUUGAUCAUGCAAGUGCUAGUAUUCUUGGUUUUGUUUAUUAUGGCUCUUCAAUUCGUUUUACGAAUGAAAAUUUUUAUCGCUUUUGUUCGUGUUUUUUUCCGCCUUCUCAAGAAAUUUGUUCAAAGAUUUGCCGUCAAGGAUUUACAGAUGCGUUGCGUUUUAUAACUAAAAAUUCAAUAACUCCAUGUUAUCGUUGUCUUGGGCAUGGAUUGCAUGAUUUUAAGCAGAAAUUUCCGAGAAUAAUUUGCCGUAGAGCAUCUUCAACUGCUAACAAUCCAAAUGCAUUAAUGAGACGAAGAAAAAAAUUAGAUUCUGAAUGUGAAAUUUGCUAUGCUUGGUUAGAUCGACGUUUAAGUAUAGAAUUAACAUCUGCUUUAAUUCCAGAAGUUUUACAUAAAUGUAUGAAAAUUUUCGGAAAAAAUUUUAAAUUAUUUUUUUUUCAAGCAUUGCAAGGGGAAAGAGCUGUUGUUCCUAAUAAUUCUUCUCCUAGUUUAUUUGAUUUUGUUGGUUCUUUUCGUUUAAUUCGAUUUUGGCUUGAUAUUUUGGGUCGAUUUGUUUAUUAUGCUGAUCUUGCAAUUAAUAUAUUUUUUAUGUUAAAACAAUGGUUUUUAAAUGCACCAAAAUUUGGUCUAUUUAUUUUACAACAACUUUGCCGUUUUGCUGAUGCUUUACUUUUAGGAGUUGAGGAAAGUAAUCUUGCAAAUUCAUCAAGACAAUCAGUAAAUUGGACAUUUACAAAAAAUCAAAAUAUUUCUAGAAAAAUUAAACGAGAGGUAAAAAAGUUAAAUUAAUUAGGAAAAAUUUUUUAAAGCCAAACUAUUAUUCUGCCAUUGAUUUUGAUUCCUUUGAAUGUUUGCUAGGGCAGUUAGUUUUGAAUGAAUUGAUUAUAAUUGAAUAUUAUACUUCAACGUUUUGCAAUGAGGAAGAAUAUGAAUUACUUGAUGAUGAUUAUGUUUUACUUGAUGGUGAUUAUGUUGAUGAAC